GUUUAAGCACGUGGCGAACGUUGAUGACGACGUUACCAUGGCUACCAAUAAUUUCCGAUGUGACCGCUGAUCCUCCGGUUCAAAUAAAAGCCAUAUAGUUUGCCAACGUCCUACUAACAAUUUUGAUAAAGUGGAUCUGAAAUGGACGUCAAUGAUGUAGUAGUCCAGAAGCUUCACACAUAGUAUAGAACUGUGUUCUUCUCUAUCAGAGUAACAGCUGGUGAUCAAGAGGUGAAUGAAGACACUGGAGCCAGAGCCAAGAUGGCAGCCAUGGCAAGAAACAUCUCCAAGGACUGGACCUACCUCUAUGAGAGGCUCUUCUCCAAGCUGUCCGAUGAGGGCUUCCACGACAUGUGGAGCAUUGGUGGCUUCCUCGUCGUAUUCAUCUUCUGCACCAUCGUCAUCACCCUGACUCUAGCUGUCAUAUUCAGCUGGUGCUGUGGCUGGUGCUUCGAACAGCCGAUUCUGGGGUCCAGCAAGAUCAGCGUGCUGCUCUCGCCACCAGAACUGUCCAGACAGAAGUCUAUGCAGACACAGGCACCCAGUUUAUCGAAACAGAGCCUGUCCAGACAGAGGUCUAUGCAGACACAGAUACCCAGUUUAUCGAAACAGAGCCUGUCCAGACAGAGGUCUAUGCAGCCACAGACACCCAGUUUAUCAAAACAGAGCCUGUCCAGACAGAGGUCUAUGCAGCCACAGACACCCAGUUUAUCAAAACAGAGCCUGUCCAGACAGAGGUCUAUGCAGCCACAGACACCCAGUUUACCGAAACAGAGCCUGUCCAGACAGAGGUCUAUGCAGACACAGAUACCCAGUUUACCGAAACAGAGCCUGUCCAGACAGAGGUCUAUGCAGACACAGAUACCCAGUUUACCGAAACAGAGCCUGUCCAGACAGAUAUACACCUCGAGGUCUGUGAUGGAUCCAAAGCAUCCCAUAGAGUCCGUUUGGAGUCCUGAGUCUGUGCCCGAUGUGCAAAAGACUGAGAAAAGCAGCAAGAACAAGAAGUUUAAAGCUGGAUCUGUGAAAGUAAAGCAUAAAAUCCAACCUGCAUCCAGGAUUGUGAGGAACAGAGAUGUACCAGUAUAG